AUGAAAAAUAAUUUAUCUUAUAGCGUCUUUCUUUUUUACUUUUUUAUAAUAUGCUAUAAUAAAAUUAGUUCUAUAAAUGUAGAAAACGAUUAUAUUUCUGAUUUAGUAAAAUUAGGAAUUUUUUAUAGAAAUACGUCAACAAUAAAAAAGGAGGUAUAUGAAAAAAUUAAUCAAGCUCAUAAUACAUUUUCUUCAUGUAGAACAUGCAUAAAGUUAAUACAACUUUUAAAUAAAAUAAUAAAAAAGAAAAAAGAAAAAUAUAUAGAUAUUGCAAUAGAAGAGACUCUUGAAUUAAAUUUAUGUAGUUCUGAAUUAUGGAAGGAAUAUUUUAAUUAUGAUGAAAUUUUAUAUAAUGAAUAUAUUUUAGAAUAUUGUGAAAAUACUUUUAAAAUUAUUAAAGAUAAUAUAGAAGAAAAUGUAUAUGAAUUACAUAAAAAUGUUGAGUUAUUUUACGAAAAAGUAUGCGGAAAUAUAGAUCAAAUAUGUAAAACAGCUAUUAAAGAAGAAAAAUUAAAUUAUGAAAACCAAAUGAAAACAAAAUUUAUAUUUCAAUUAUAUUCCAAAUAUUUAAUAGAAGAAGAAAACUUUAGUUAUACAGAUGAUGGCUUACCAUAUAAAUUAAUAGAAACAAAUAAUAAUAAUUUAAAACUAAAAAAAAGUAAUUUUGCUAUAAUUCAGUCUGAAAUAAAAAUAAUUCACAAAAAUAUUUUGUACAAUGAUUUCAAAGAUAACCAUUUUCGCUUAAUUAAAAUAGACAAGCUAGAAGAUAAAGUUCAAAAUUUAUUUUUAAAAAUGAAAGAGCUAGAUAUGUUUAUCUUCCUUCUUUAUAAUGAAUUUUCUAAUGAAGGUAUUAUACCAAAUGAUUCUAUAUUAGAGAUAAAAAUAAAAAUACAGAAAAUAAUAUAUGAUAUAGAUGAAGUUGCAACAAAAAAUUUUAAAAAUAAUCUAAUUAUUGAUGAGAAAUUUUUAUUAAACAAACACUCUUUUAAGUUAUAA